AAAUUUCAUGUGGAUAUCCAGGUUGUCCACAACGCGGGUUUGCAUCUGGAAGUGUAUACACAGUAGGAUCAGUGGUGUAUUUCUAUUGUUAUUAUUCCGGCGAAGUUCUGAGUGGAGCUUCCUCUACAACAUGUCAGUCUAAUGGGACAUGGAGUAAUCCAACUCCUCCAAGAUGUAAGUAUAACUAAGACUAAAUAUUUUCGAAGUUAAACAACACCACUUUUUUCACUAGAAUUAGACUCCCCAUUUUAGUCCAGAAUAACACUCGCACUAAAUGCUAAUUAGAGCUCCGUGUGGUGAUCUGCAAAUAAAAUGUCGAACGGAAGGGACCGCAGAGGGAUUUUACCAUUGGAGGGCUGGUACGUGUUGGAAUGAUGUAGUUCGCGCGAAGCCGGGAAUCAUCCUAGGGGGAUUUGGAGGCAUGCCCCCCCCCAGUCGAAAAUUUUGAAAAUUCAAGCCCGGAAAGUGUGUUUCCCACAAUAAUUUUGUUUAAUUAAAGUGAGCAUGCAUGUGUAUAUUGCCUGAUGAUGGGCAGAUACUAGCCUCCUCUGGAGGCAUCUCGUGGUACUUACUACAGCUAACCCAAUCAGAAAAACAUCAGUUAUUUGAAUAACUAUAUAAGUUAUAUAAUUUCUCGACGAUUAAGAGAUGCCUGCGGAGGAGGCUAAUCACAAGCGACGACAGUAUAUAACCAAGCAAUAUAUAGUUUCUAAUUUUCAUUUCUUUUCAUAAAGUUCCUAUAAUUUUUCCUUUUAUUGUGUUCACGUCGUUAAUAUACAGCCAUAUUUGGCCAUUUUCAUCAAGUACAACUCGACUUAAAAGCCGGAUUAUAAAUUUAAUACCUAGUGCACGAAAUAUGCCGAAGAUUUUUGAUACACUCUGUAUAUAUAACCCUAUUUUCAAUUCGUAAUCGUAUACUAUGCUUUCCACUGAAGGUAUUCAUUGCCUGUUGAACAAAUUUAUAUCGCCAAAUAUAUGUAUUUAGAAGGACUUUUAUCGCAAAGUUUGCCUUCCAAAAACAUAAACACGCUAGCCCACGUCAAGUGACGUCAAAUGUCACGUAUGCUAAAGAUACAUAUCUAAAGGCGGCAUAGAUUUUAUUGAGAACACGACAUUUCAAUAUUUUAGGUUCGUCGUACGGCAUUAGAUUGGUUGGCACAAGUGAUACAAACAGAGGUCGAGUAGAAAUCUACCAUCCAUCGUACGGUUGGGGAACAGUAUGUGAUGAUUAUUUACAAAUAGCGGAUGGUAAUGUGAUUUGUCGUCAGUUGGGAUACAGUGGUGCUAGUAAUGCUUACCAUGGUGCCGUUUAUGGUCAAGGAACUGGUACAAUACUGUUGGAUGACUUAGGCUGUAACGGAUACGAGUCUUAUAUUUGGGACUGCCCAAAUCUAGGAUGGACAGUUCACAACUGUGGCCAUGGCGAAGACGCGAGUGUGGACUGCUACUGA